GAACUUUGGCUUUCCCUCUCCGGGGUCCCUUUUGUUCUCUCUCCCUCUCUCGCUCCCUUCCUGUCGUUCUCGCGCCGACACAAGCUCUGUGUCGAACCAUUUACAAUGGCAAUCACCAAGAAGCCAUUGCAGCCCAGCAAUGUCCUGAAUGCAAGUUCGCCAGAGCCGGCACCGGGCGAGAGCCUAAAGCCGGCGAUGGCUGGAUCUCGACCGGCAAUGACCAUCGAGGAGAUGUACCAAAAGAAGAGUCAACUGGAACACAUCCUCCUCCGCCCAGAUACCUAUAUUGGCUCCGUAGAGAAGCACACGCAGUCGCUCUGGGUCUUUGAAGGCAACCAGAUGGUCUACCGGCCUAUCACCUACGUCCCGGGCCUCUACAAGAUCUUCGAUGAGAUCCUUGUCAACGCGGCCGAUAACAAGCAGAGGGAUCCGUCCAUGGACUCCGUCAAGGUCGACAUCGACGUCGAGCAGAACUGCAUCAGUGUUUACAACAAUGGAGACGGAGUCCCGGUUGAGAUCCAUCAGGAGGAAGGAGUGUAUGUGCCAGAAAUGAUUUUUGGGCACCUACUGACGAGCAGCAACUAUGACGAUACGGUUAAGAAGACGACCGGAGGGAGAAAUGGGUACGGCGCGAAGCUUACGAAUAUAUUCUCCACCGAGUUCGUCAUAGAGACGGCAGAUGGGAAAAGGCAGAAGAAAUAUAAGCAGGUUUUCACAAAUAAUAUGGGAAACAAAUCAGACCCUUGCAUAACCAAGUGCAAAGAAAGAGAAAAUUGGACAAAGGUUACGUUUAAGCCUGAUUUGGCAAAAUUCAACAUGGCCCAUCUGGAAGAGGAUGUUGUAGCUCUAAUGAAGAAGCGAGUGAUGGAUCUCGCAGGUUGUCUUGGCAAAAGCGUGAAGGUUGAACUGAAUGGGCAACGAUUACCUGUGAAAUCCUUCGGAGACUAUGUCAAUCUCUACCUGGAAUCGGCAUCCAAAUCCAGACCAGAGCCUCUCCCAAGAAUUAUGGAGAAAGUAAAUGGGAGAUGGGAGAUAUGUGUGAGUUUAAGUGAAGGACAAUUCCAGCAGGUGAGCUUCGUCAACAGCAUUUCUACCAUUAAAGGUGGAACCCAUGUUGAACAUGUGACAAGCCAAAUAACGAACCAUAUACUCAGCAUAGUAAACAAGAAGAAUAAAAAUGCCGGCAUGAAAGCCCAUACUGUAAGGAACCACCUAUGGGUUUUUGUCAAUUCUCUUAUUGACAAUCCAGCUUUUGACUCACAAACCAAGGAGACACUGACGACUCGUCAAGGAAGUUUUGGUUCAAAAUGCGAGCUUUCACAAGAGUUUCUGAAGAAAGUGGCCAAAUCUGGAGUUGUAGAGAGUUUGCUUUCAUGGGCAGACUUCAAACAGAGUAAAGAUCUCAAGAAGACUGAUGGGACUAAAAGACAAAGGCUUACUGGAAUUACAAAGCUAGAAGAUGCUAAUGACGCAGGAGGAAAGAACUCUGAGAAAUGCACUUUGAUUUUGACUGAAGGAGAUUCAGCCAAGGCUCUUGCGAUGGCUGGUAUCUCAGUCGUUGGACGAAAUCAUUAUGGAGUUUUCCCAUUGAGAGGAAAAUUGUUAAAUGUAAGAGAAGCUAGUCAUAAACAAAUCAUGGAGAAUGCAGAGAUCCAGAACAUCAAAAGAAUUCUUGGGCUGCAGCAUGGGAAAGAGUAUGACAAUCUCAAAUCCCUUCGAUAUGGCCAUCUUAUGAUCAUGACUGAUCAGGACCAUGAUGGUUCUCACAUUAAAGGGCUGCUGAUAAAUUUUAUACACUCUUUCUGGCCGUCACUGCUGAGAAUACCCUCUUUCAUGGUGGAAUUUAUAACUCCAAUAGUAAAGGCUACAAACAAGAACGGCAAGGUGUUGUCCUUUUAUUCCAUGCCCGAGUAUGAAUCGUGGAAGGAAACUUUGGGGGGAAACACCCGUGGUUGGACUAUCAAAUACUAUAAGGGGUUGGGUACAAGUACCUCUAAAGAAGGAAAAGAAUAUUUCAAAGAUAUUCACAAACACAAGAAAGAAUUCGUAUGGGAGGAUCACCACGAUGGAGAUGCAAUUGAAUUGGCGUUCAGCAAGAAAAAAGUGGAGGAGAGAAAGACUUGGCUUAAACAAUACCAGGAAGGAACCUAUCUUGAUCAGAAUGAAAAACUCAUCAGUUACAGAGAUUUUGUGAACAAAGAGCUGAUUCUGUUCUCUCGUGCUGACCUAGAAAGAUCCAUUCCCUCUAUGCUUGACGGCCUGAAACCAGGGCAAAGGAAAAUCCUUUUCUGCUCUUUCAAACGCAAUUUUGUAUCACAGGCUAAGGUUGCACAAUUCUCUGGUUAUGUGUCGGAGCACUCUGCUUAUCAUCAUGGUGAACAGAGUCUUGCCAGUACUAUCAUCGGCAUGGCCCAAGAUUAUGUAGGCAGCAACAAUAUUAACCUUUUAAUGCCACUAGGACAAUUUGGUACCAGAAAUCAAGGAGGCAAAGAUCAUGCCAGUGCAAGAUAUAUUUUCACUUGCAUGUCGCCUUUGACACGCUUCCUGUUCCCUAAAGAUGAUGAUAUUCUUCUUGACUACCUGAAGGAAGAUGGACAGUCAAUCGAACCAAAAUGGUACAUGCCUAUCAUACCCUUGGUCUUGGUUAAUGGAAGCGAAGGGAUUGGGACUGGCUGGAGCUCUUACAUCCCAAAUUACAACCCAAGAGAAAUUGUUGCUAAUGUCAAACGACUACUAAGUGGAGAACCUAUGCAACCUAUGGAUCCAUGGUACAAAGGUUUCAAGGGGACCAUUGAGAAAACUUCCACAAAGGAUGCUGGGGCGACUUACACAGUUAGCGGCAUUGUAGAACAAAUAAAUGAAACAACCUUGAGAAUUACAGAGCUCCCUGUUCGUAAAUGGACUCAGGAUUACAAGGAAUUUCUAGAGUCCAUGAUGACUGGAAAUGAAAAGAUGAAACCAUUCAUCAAAGACUACAAGGAGUACAAUACAGACACAAGAGUACAUUUUGAAGUUUUCCUGUCCGCGGAAAACAUGAAUAUUUCUCUUCAAGAGGGUUUGUUAAAGAGGUUCAAGCUCACGACUACCAUCAGCACUAGCAAUAUGCACCUCUUUGAUGCAGACGGCAGUAUCAAGCGAUAUGAUAAUCCCGAGAAAAUUCUGGAGGAAUUUGUUCCCCUCAGGAGAGCUUUCUAUGAGAAAAGAAAGAGAGUUUUACUGGAUAAUCUUUCUCAAGAGCUCUCAAAAUUGGACAACAAAGUGAGGUUCAUCCUUGGGGUGGUAAAAGGAGAGAUAAUAGUAAACAACAGAAAGAGAGCAGAACUGUUGGAUGAAUUGCACAGAAAAGGCUUCACCAAAUUCCCAAAAAAAAACAAGAAUGUUGAUGCUGCGGCUGCAGGGGCAACACCAGAUGGUGAGGAUCAUGAAGAAAGCGACGAGAAGGGCUAUGAGUAUCUACUUUCAAUGGCAAUCGGGACCUUGACACUUGAAAAGGUGCAAGAGCUCUGUGCGCAGAGGGACAAACUCCAUGAUGAAGUUGAAGAGCUGAAUAAGGCCACUCCUGAGUCAUUAUGGCUUAGGGAUCUUGACGCUUUCUUGGUUCAGUUGGAUGCUCAAGCCUUGCAAGAAGCGAAAGAUGAGGAGUAUGAGCUGAAUAACAUGGCUGGUGACGCUGCUAGGAUAUUCAGGCAAGUUGGAAAAAAACAGAGAAAUAAUAACAGCAGAAAAGCGGCAGCUAAUGUCACUGAACAGAUGGAAGUUGAAGGUGAAGCUUCGAGCAGUACAGCCACAGAAACAGUGAAAGUUGCAGAGCCACCCAAGCAACCUCGGAAGAGAGCACCGAAGAAGCCUGCUGCGAAGAAGUCUGUAAAAAGCGAUGAAGAGGAAGAUGAAGAACUACUUGAGCUCAAGGACCGGCUGCAAAAAUAUAACCUCAACUCUUCACCUUCAGAUCAAUCUGCCAUGGAUAGCGAAACUGUCGUUGGGCAAAGAAAGGAGCCUAGCAGAAGGGCUUCACAGAAGCCACAACCAGUUUACACAGAGAUCUCCGACGAUGAUGAGCAUGCAGAACAAUUGAAUACAGUUCCCGAGGAAGAUAAAGUUGUUAUUGAUGCCAAACAAAAGCAGCAGCCUCGGAAGCCAAGAGGGAAAAAUAAGGUAGUCGCCAGUGAUGACGAUUUUGAUGAAGCAGAAGAUUCCGGUUCCGAGUUCGAAGCUCCUUUGGCUGCCGAUAAGAUGAAAAAGGGAAGAGGGAAAACAACAACCAAUAAAACCAUGUCAAGCACUGCACCUAAUGGCAAUGUAGGGGGGAAAAAGAAGAGAGGAGGCGCUAGUACCAAGCCAAUUUUGGGGCAGAAACAUAUUGACGAACUUCUGAGACCCAUGGAAAAAAUUGGGAUUUCACCAGAAAAGAAGGUUAGGAAGAUGAGGCCGUCCCCUUUCAACAAAAAGAGCGGCUCUGUGAUGGGUAGGGCAACAAGCAGCACUGAGCUGAGCGAGGAAAGUUCUGACUUUGAGGAAGAGGUGGUUGAGAUUCCAACAAGGGCGAGGCCGCAGAGGAAGAGGGCCGUAACCAAGUAUGUCAUCAGCGACUCUGAGGAUGAUGAGCAGGAUGAUUCUGACUUUGAUAAAGAAUAAUCGUGUAACAUGUUCUAUGUAGAUUAGUACUAUUUUUACUCCUUGUCCGUGGCUGAUUUUUCAGAAUGUUUCCAGUAGUUCUUGGGUAGUUAACUCUUCCUUCUGCUAGCAUCCAAUUUGGGAAGAGCUCUGGUUUAAAGAGUGGGGAGCUUUUUUGUGUUCCCUCUUUUUCAACUGUGAUUUUAGGAUCCAUGUGGGCAGGACAUACCUGGAGGAUUUGAUAUGGUUGGUAGAAUAAAAAUGGCAAAACCGGCUUAUUUGGAUCGA